CUCUCUUCACUUCCACUUUCUCUUUGUAUCUAAACACUCACACUCUUUCUCUCUCUAUAACAAAAUAACUAACAAUGGAUCUGAAAAAAGCAGUUGUUCUCGCCUUCAUCUUCGCCAUUGUUGCUGCCGUCGGAGCUCAAGCACCAGCAUCUUCGCCGGUGAAUGCACCUCCAACAACCGUCAAACCGCCUGCCGCAGCACCUGUGAGUUCUCCUCCGGCGAAAGCUCCGGUGACAGCUCCGCCAACUGCUGAGACUCCGGCGAGUACUCCGCCUGCUGCGGCGCCGGUGAGUUCUCCUCCGGCAAGUACUCCGCCAGCUGCGGCGCCGGUGAGUUCUCCUCCGGCGGUUGAAUCGCCGCCGGUGCCUGAACCGGUGAGUUCUCCCGCACCGGAGACUGCUCCGACUCCUGAAGCUGCUGCUCCGGCGCCGAGUAAGAAGAAGACUAAGGCGAAGAAGCAUGAUGCGCCGUCGCCGGCUCCCGCUUCCGGUGAUCUUUCUCCGGCGGAUGCUCCGACUGAGGCUCCUGGACCGAGCACUGACUCCGCUGAAGUCGCCGAUGAGAGUGGAGCUGAGAGAUUGAAGAGUGUACAGUUUGUGAUGGCGGUGGCAUUGGCAGCAUUCUGCUGGUUCUAGUUUUUUUUUUUUUUUUAAAUUAAUUAAUUUAUUUCUUUGUUUGCUUUUAUGAUUUUAUUUAUUUAUUUAUUUUUACUAUGAGUUGUCUUCGUUAUUGAUUUGCCUAAUUGUGGUACUUUGUUUGGAUGUAUAUAAUUGUACUGUGCUACAUUAUUAUCA